AGCUCGGCUAUUCGGCUCUCAGAGCGCCAAAGCCUUCGGCUGUAUUUAGCCGUGCAGCCAACAUGCGCUUUUUGGGGCUCUUGGUCUUGAGGGCUUUGGCGGAAGACGCCUGCGAGCCUGAUGCGGGCGCGUUGGUCCAGACGUUGACGAAGGUUGCGACCACGUCGCAUAGCUCGAGCCUGGAGUGUGCCAGUGCUUUUGAGAAGAUGGAGCGCGGGAUCAACAUCGGCAACACCUUUGACUACCCGGGCAUGGGCCGAGCACCGGAGGAGGUGGAAGCACACGUGAAGUGGGCUCAGGAGCAAGGUUUCAAGCACAUCCGCGUCCCCGUCACCUGGAACGGCAAUUUCGAUGCGGACUCAACCCUCACGAAGUCGGUGACAGCUGUGGUGGACUAUGCGAUGGGGCUGGGCCUCUACGUGGUGAUCGACACCCAUCACGAACACUGGCUGAAAGAUCACUACGACAGCUCGAAGGAGUUGCGAGACCAAUUCUGGAAGCUCUGGUUUGACAUCGCCACGCACUUCGAGAGCAGGAGCAGUUUGCUGAUCUUCGAAAUUCUGAACGAGCCGGAGAACGCCUUUGGCUCUUGGAGCGACGAAUGGGUAAAGCCCUUCGAAGAGCUUGGCGUGAAUCGGACUCGGGAGAUCAACGCCAUUGGCUAUGACGCGGUGCGAAGCGUCUCGAAGGACCGCAUGGUUUUCCUGAGCCCCAACGCUUUGGGCAACAUAGGCGCCUUGGGCUACGUUUAUCCGAAUCGAUCGAACCUGCCGGGCGGCGGCUCAGAUGCGUGCUUGGGCGUGACGGUACACACCUAUGACCCCUGGGACUUCGCCGGGGAUACGGGGAACAACGACUUCUACGGCUCCAUUGAGAGCAUGAAGCAGGGUUUCUACGACGUGUUCAGUCAGAUCAACGUCUGGCAGUAUAUAGGCAGCGGGACCAAGAUCUAUAUCGGCGAGUACGGUCUGGGACGCAGGGAGUGCUGCUACGAGGAAAGGAACACUGAUCUGGUGCGCGAGUACUAUAGGUUCGUGACCAAUCACUUCCGUGCCAACGGCUGGGCCUGCGCAGUGUGGGACGACCAAGGUUGGUUUGCCCUCUACAGCAAGCAGGAGCGCCUUGGCCAGGCGCGGAGCGCGGAGGACCGCCAGCCGAAUGGCCAAUAAAUGGCCCCAGCUGGCGGCGGUUUGAUGCGCUUUGGUCGUCUUUUGCUACGAAGUUGCGCCCGGGGUUUUCUCCGGUUUGUUGGCAUUCUAAAAUUUUCCAUAGGUGCAGAGGCCAGCAGAUCUGCGUUUCCGGCAUUCCAGUGCUCGAUGGACAUCUUCGGCCUAAACUCCAAGGAGCCUUUUUGGGGUUGAGCCAAUCGCCUGGCGGCAGGGAUGUGAAACGAGC